UGAUCUAGAGGUUUAACCAGCUUUCUAACCAUCUGCAGGAGUCGCAUUUGUUUUCAGAAAUUGCGAAGACAGGAAAAUGUCUGCAGAAUAGAAGCCUACAUGUGGAACCUGUGUCUGUUUCUGCCAGUGCUAGGGUAAAUGUUUCCUCCAGAACUCUAUUGAUUUGGUUCUUUGGAAUGAAGGAUUUGGCAGUAUGGACGUCACACAACUCCUGACCUCUGUGAAAAAUUCAUUCUGCAAAAUCUUCAACAUCUGCAAUUUGGCAUGGAGCCCAAGGUUUUGGUAUAAAACAUCCCAGCAGCUUGUACUGCAGUUCACCCAAGAGAUAACAUCUGCCCUGAGUCAACUGGAAGAAGCUAGUACACAGAAACAUGGGAAUGGUCUAUCUCUGAGCAAGAACCCUCAGAAUACAGAAGGAGAUCAUAGAGAGGAGCUAAGAGCAGAAUUGAGAUGGUUACAGGACAUCAGCAUCUCAUCUAUCAGGAGGCUCCAAAGGGUUGAGGAACAGAUGGAAAAGCUUGAAUCUGAGCUGUGCAAGGAGAAGGAAGAGUGGAACACAAAAUACCAUGAGCUGAUGGCAGAACAACAUAUUGUAAAAGUACAGAACAGCAUUAUAAAAAUAAAAGACACCCAAAGACUAGAAAGUAAGAUGGACGUUCCUGCUGAUGCUACCAAUGGAGACAUGAAAUGCAUGAAAGAUGUUAGACAAGCAAUAAGUAAAGAAGUAGGUGAGCAUGAAAUUCAGCCUUCAACAGAUGGCACAAGAUCUUCAGAAGGGCUUUCCUCUCUUACCUCCUGCUUAUGCAGAUCAAGGUUCGCAUGUACUAACCUUGUCAGAACCUAUGCCUGGACAAACUCUAAGAAUUUAAGUGUGUUUGUUCCUCGUUCCCCAUUGGAUCUGAAGAUUGGGAGCAGGGUCAAGGUUCUUCUGCCAUCAGGCAGAAUUGGCACAGGAGGAGUGUGCACUAUGGGAUUGCUGCCCGAAAAGGCAGAACUGCAAGUGGGUGUGCACCUUGAUGAACCAGAAAAUCAGCAAUGCAAAGUAGUAAUUGAAGGGCAGCAUUUAUCUUCUGGGAACCAAGACAAUGGAAUAUCUGUUCCUUUCAGCAAAGUACUGAUGGUUUGGGAGUAAUCAUACACAGAAGAUUUCUAUGUUUCAGGAAAAAAAGAAGUUUUUUUUAUGCUCUUUGCUGCAAAAUGUUCAAAUUCCUUAUUAAAGAGAUAUGUGAUGACCAAC